UCGAUGAGUGACGAGUUACGGCGAGCUUUAUAUGCGACGCCGAACGUUUCACUGGUGGAUUUGCCAAUACCAGAACUGGUGGGACACACCGAAAUUCUUACGGAAGAGCACAGAGAGAAAUUAUGUGGUCACUUACCAGCUCGAGCCGAAGGCUACAUGUGGUCUCUAGUGUUCAGCACUUCCCAACAUGGAUUUUCACUAAAUUCUAUGUACAGGAAAAUGCAACGACUCGAAAGUCCAGUACUAAUUGUAAUUCAAGAUACCGAUAAUAAUGUAUUUGGAGCUUUGACAUCUUGCUCUCUCAAAGUGUCCGACCAUUUCUAUGGCACAGGGGAAUCAUUACUUUUCAAAUUCAAUCCUGAUUUCCGAGUCUUUCACUGGAGUGGGGAAAAUUUGUAUUUUAUUAAGGGAAAUAAUGAAAGUAUUGCUAUUGGUGCUGGAGAUGGCAAAUUUGGGCUUUGGCUUGAUGGAGACUUAUAUCAAGGGCGUUCACAGCGCUGUAGUACAUAUGCAAAUGAACCACUUGCCCCUCAAGAGGAUUUUGUGGUCAAAACACUUGAGUGCUGGGCAUUCCUGUAAUAAACUAAAUAUUUUGUA